UCUUGACGCAAUCGAUGUAGCAUCAAACCGGACCAUGAGAUCCUUUUACGAACAACUUGUCUCUUUACAGGGUGUGCAGAAAAACCUCGAUCCAAGAUGCAUGCGUUCAUUUUAUCCAGACCCGUCUCUGUGUUUUUUCCCGCAAUAUGUGUUGCGAUUUAUCAAAACGCCAUUUUUCAUCCUGAACUCAGUCUAUGAUGUUUUCCAGUUUCAUCAUGGGUUAGUUCCACCAUCUGCCGAUCGGACCGGACGUUGGAACCGAUGCAAGCUUAAUGCAACUGCGUGUAAUCCGCAUCAGCUCGAUGCUCUUCAAGGUUUCAGGCGAGAUAUGUUGGGAGCUCUGAUGAAUUUCUUUAAAAACUCGAGGACAGGAGGAAUGUUCAUCAACUCAUGCUUUGAUCAUUGCCAAAGUGCUCUGCAAGAGACUUGGUUCGCCAUUGAUUCACCUAGAAUUCACAACAAGACAAUUGCAGAAGCGGUGGGAGAUUGGUAUUAUGGGCGAAAGAUAUCCAAAGAGAUUGAUUGCGCGUAUCCAUGCGACACCACGUGUCACAACCUCAUCCCUACUUCAGUUUCUAUACAUCAAUCUCCGGGUUGUGACUGUAUCAGAGGUUAAGAACCACGCAAGUUG